UUAAGCAGAUAAUAAGUGUGUCAUACUGAGUAUUUUUUGAAGAUCUUUAGAAAAGAAAUACAAUCAUUUUGCGAGCUACAAAAGUCAUUAAACGCAAUAUUGGCAAGUAACAGAAAUAAAAAUCAAACAUCAUGAUGUUCCUGAUUGCAUUAGCUGUGCUUGUUGUCAUCUUGUUCAUCACUUUCUUCUUCUUAAGAACACAAAAGGAUAUGCCAAAAAAUUGGGAAGAGUUUGUGAUUGAAUUUAAAAUGCAAGCAGGAGGAACACAAGCAUUGAUUGAAGAUACAUUCUUGAGAUAUAAGAAUAAAGUUGAUCUCGUUCAAAAACCCAACAAAAUAGCAAUCAUGACCGGUGGAAAUCGUGGAAUUGGAGUUCAUACACUUGAAAAACUUCUAAAAUGCAGCAUGACUGUUAUGUUGGGUGUUAGAAGUCCUGAAGCAUCUAAAAAGAGUAUUGAGAAGGCUCUUGGAACUGAACUUACAAAAGACAAGGUUUUUUAUGAAAAAUGUGAUACUGGGGAUAUGAAGUCAGUCAGGGAUUUCGCUAAGAAAGUUCAGGAGAAAUAUUCAGCAAUUCAUUUGUUGAUUAACAAUGCCGGUGUAAUGUUCACACCAUUCAACAUAACAGCUGAUGGCUUUGAGUCACAAAUGGCAAUCAAUCAUAUGGGACAUUUUCUCUUAACACAUCUUCUUAUGCCUCAGUUAAUUGCUGGAUCGAACGAUAAUGAUGGAAAAAAUGUUCGAAUCGUAAAUGUGUCAAGUUGUGUCCACAAGAGAUGCGUCAUCAAUUAUGACGACUUUGAUUGCAAGAAAUUCUAUUAUCCAGCUGACGCAUACAACAAAAGCAAACUUGCUCAAGUCCUGUUUACAAAGCAUUUGCAAGUUCUUUUGUCUCAAAACGGACUGAAAAUGCAAACGAAUUCUCUUCAUCCUGGCGUUGUUGACACAGAUCUCUUUGCAAAUUCUAGUACUGACUAUAUUCCAUGGUUUAGGACUAUUAUGUUUAAGACACCAGAAGAAGGCUCAAGAACAAUCAUUUAUGCUUCAAUAUCACCAAAAUUAGAAGGCAAGGGAGGACUCUAUCUUAGCAACUGUACAAUCAUGCCUCCCAAUGAUGUAGCUAAUAAUCCACAAGAAUGUAAAAAGCUUUUUGAUUACUGCUGUAAAUUAUUAAAAAUUGAGAAUUUCGGAAAUUUGAACUAACUUGAAUAGAUAUUAUUUUUAAAACAUUUAAAUUUAAAGGCGGACAUGAUUUUAAGUUAAUUGAAUUAUUUUCAUAUAAUGGCAUUAUUAAGACUAAAGUUUUUACGAAUUAAAUUAAAUUAAUUUUGAAAAUAAAGAAGACUUAUCCUGAA